AGCAACAUUUUGAGGCAAGGAAGAGCAUCCUUUGAACUUUACCCUUUCUCGGAAACUGGAAUUUAACUUCAAUACGCAAUGAAAGAGAAGCCCUUCGUCUGCGAUGUUUUUGAUGACGCGCGAGGAGCCUUAUUAUUUCAAUAUUUCGGUCUCGUCUGUCUCCCCGGACCCACAGCUCGCUGAGCUGGGUUUCCGCGCAGCACGGGAGGUCGGAGCGGCGCCACAGAAGAGACUCGCGUCUCUGUUCGUCUCUGAUCCACGCGCAGGCGGACAAACCCUCCCGCUGAAAUCACUAGCAUUACAUCAUCACUUUUCCACCCCGGAGCACAACAGUCCCGUAAAUAUUUAACGGGAGGAUCAAAGCCGCGAAGGGGUGACCGGCUGUACAUUUAACAAGUGACAUUGUGGUGAUUUAUUUUUUUAAAACACAAUGUAAACACGGGGAGGAUGGCGCAUUCAGCACCGGAGCGUAUGCCGUCACCGCUCGUCUGGAAGCUCUUUUGUGUGCGCGUGUGAACAGCGAAAGAUGACAUGGCAGAAGCUCAAUCAGCACACGGAGGAUCCGAGGCGCAGGGCGCAGCGCUUUUCCCUUACGAGGAGUACGAAUGCAAGAUAUGCUACAAUUACUUCGACCUUGAUCGCCGGGCGCCAAAGAUUUUGGAGUGCUUGCACACGUUCUGCGAGGAGUGUCUGCACACACUGCACCUCCGCGAUGACCGGCCGUGGCGCAUCAGCUGCCCGGUCUGUCGCCACAGGACUCCGGUGCCGGACUACCGGAUACAGAACCUGCCCAACAACACCAAAGUGACGGAUGCUUUCCCUCUCUACAUGGACUCGGACCCUCUCCCCCAGGAUAGCUUACCACCUUAUCCGCCGCCCCUACACCCGGCUCUCAUCGCCCUGCGGCGUGAGGAGGCGACGGGGGCGACCCUCAGCCAGGCCACCCCCUCCACCACCGUGUCCACCGCCACCACGGUCUCCCAGGACUCCGUACACUACGACAGCUGCCACAACUGCAAACGCGUCGCCCUGACCACGGGCUGCGUCUGCGUCAUCGUCUCCUUCCUGUCCAUGCUCGUGCUGCUGUUCAUGGGCUUGGUCUUCGUGCAGAACCACAGCACCCCGCCGUCCCCGGCGGGGCCCGUCUGCCUGUCUGUGGCGAGCAUCCUCGCCAUGUUCUCCGUGGUGGUCACGUGGCUAAUUUGCUGGUUGAAAUACAGACCCGAGCACGAGACCGGCCGGUCGUCUACCGCGAGCUCGAGUAGACGGAACGCAUAAUGGGCAAAGCGCGUCCCCGACAGUUUAAUCUUCCAGUCGUGCCGAGACGUCUAAUGGAACGAAUUAGAAAUUGUUUUGAAAGCCAAAACAAGCCAUUUGUUGUAACAUAGACUUUUAAAGCGUGACAGGUACUUUUAUACGUUUAAAUUAUAAUCAAUAGAUGUAUGUACUACUGUGGUUUACGGCGUGAAUGUGGAUAUUAUCCCACGUUGAAUAAUCAAGAUACAUGCAAAUAAAAUCAGUAUUUGUCUUUGUCAUUGUAUUGAAACUUAAAAUUCCACAUAUUCAAUAUCGGACUAUAGGCUAACCGUGUUCUGCGUGUUAUGUUGCUGCCUGCGCGGUAUUGAGCUUCUGCGAUCGGGAUCUCGGGUGGUUGGGAGAUGGUUUAUUUGUGAUUAUGAAGCACUUCGUCUCGUUAUUUGCACUAAAAUGUGAAAUUUUGUUUUCCACUGAUGCCUCUCACUAGUUUCAACAAACCCAACUAAUUCAGCCUUCAGAUAAGUUUGUGAAAAACGUGCUCAAUCUGCAUCUCCCUUGAGGAAGGAGGAGGAGCAGGUGUGCAAUCAGCGCCCCCUGGUGAUGCGUUAGGUUAUUGCGCCCCCUGGUGAUGCGUUAUGUUAUUGCGCCCCCUGGUGAUGCGUUAUGUUAUUGCGUCUAUAUUUCCGAAAGGUAAAGUACACUCAGAAAAAAUGGUUCCAAAAAGCAGCCUGUGAUUCCAUAGAAGAACUGUGUCUGGGAGGAUUCACACGUCACGCGGUUCCAUAAAGAACCGAAAAGGGUUCUAUGGAGACCAGCCACAGAACCUUUUUUUCUGAGAGUGCGGCCACAGGAAAUGUAACAGACUUGCGUUUGGUCAUCUUUAAAUAAUCUAAACGGCUGAUAUUUAAGGACCUGAUGUAAUAAUCAAAACGGCUGAUAUUUAAGGACCUGAUGUAAUAAUCUAAACGGCUGAUAUUUAAGGACCUGAUGUAAUAAUCUAAAUGGCUGAUAUUUAAGGACCUGAUGUAAACAGGAAUGCACAGAAGACACACGCCAUUUAUUUUAGAAUUUAGAAAGUGGCACUUGUCAUAGUGUCAAGGGAAAGACCAAUGCACAGUGUGUUCACAUGACACGUAUGCCAAUAGUUCUGCAACACAUUUCUGUUAAUUUAUUCAAUAUAUUUAAUCGCCUAAAGGCUUGUCUCAUCUUUCACAGAUGAAUGCAGUAGACCUACUUAUACCCUCUAUUGAGUGCCCAGUAUUACCACAAUAUUGCCACGAAACCUAGUCAUGAAUGACUUCUGACAGUCAGGCCGUGUGAAACAGUGCAUAUCGUACUGUAGUAAUAUAACAUACGUACAUUAACUCCUAUAUCUUUCCACAAAGCUCCACAAAGCUUAACAUUUCUCCCGCAGGAAUUAUGAUUGGACACUUCUACAAAUGGGAAUAUUACUUUUUCUGUUUUGAAAAUGUAGUUGUUGUGAGGGUAGCACCUGUAAAAUGCACACUAAGCUGUAAUAAUUCUAUGUGAUGUUUACAUAAACACAUUUGAGUAAUAAAGAAAACCUGAAAAUUG